CCGGCCCCGUCCCGGGCCCCGUCCCGGCCGUGCCAGAUCCGGGCCAUGGCGGCGGGGCGGGCGCGGGUGUCCCGCCUGCUGCGGCAGCUGGAGCGGGCAGCUUGUCGGUGCCCGAGCCAUGGCCACACUUAUUCCCGAGUCCCUGAACGGCCCACCCUGGGGAAUACAGACUAUGCAUUUGAGAUGGCCAUUUCAAACAUCCGAUAUGGAGAAGGAGUUACAAAGGAGAUUGGCAUGGACCUGCAGAAUCUUGGUGCUAGAAGAGUUUGUGUGAUGACAGAUAAAAACCUCUCCAAACUCCCUCCUGUAAAUGCAGUAUUGAAUUCCUUGGCAAAAUAUGGUAUAAACUUUCAAAUGUAUGAUAAUGUCCGUGUGGAGCCAACAGACCAAAGUUUCCUGGAUGCCAUUCAAUUUGCUAAAAAGGGAGAGUUUGAUGCCUAUGUUGCUGUUGGAGGUGGGUCUGUCAUGGACACCUGUAAAGCUGCCAACCUGUAUGCAGCCAGCCCUUCAUCAGAAUUCCUGGAUUAUGUCAAUGCUCCUAUUGGGAAAGGGAAGCCUGUCACUGUGCCCCUCAAGCCACUUAUUGCAGUUCCUACAACAUCUGGCACCGGGAGUGAAACCACUGGUGUUGCCAUUUUUGACUUCAAAGAACUUAAAGUUAAAACCGGUAUUGCUUCAAGAGCCAUUAAGCCAACAUUAGGCAUCAUUGAUCCUUUACACACACUGUCUAUGCCUGAACGAAUAGUGGCCAACAGUGGCUUUGAUGUGCUUUGCCAUGCCCUGGAAUCAUACACUGCUCUCCCUUACACCAAGCGCAUUCCCUGCCCUUCCAACCCCAUCGAGCGCCCAGCCUACCAGGGCAGCAACCCCGUCAGCGACGUCUGGGCUCUGCACGCUCUGCGCGUUGUCGCCAAAUAUUUGAAAAGAGCCAUCAGAGACCCUGAAGACCGUGAAGCAAGAGCCAACAUGCACCUGGCAAGUGCUUUUGCUGGUAUUGGCUUUGGCAAUGCUGGUGUUCAUCUCUGCCAUGGAAUGUCUUACCCUAUUUCUGGUUUGGUGAAAACUUAUAAACCAAAGGAUUAUAAUGUGGAUCACUCUUUAGUGCCACAUGGUCUUUCUGUGGUGCUGACAUCCCCAGCAGUGUUUGCUUUCACAGCACAGAUACAUCCUGAGCGGCAUUUAGAAGCUGCAGAGAUUCUAGGAGCUGACAUCCGCACUGCCAGAAUCAAAGAUGCGGGGCUUAUUUUGGCAGACACACUCCGGAAAUUCCUAUUUGAUCUGAAUGUUGAUGAUGGCUUAGCUGCAAUUGGUUAUUCCAAAGCAGACAUCCCUGCAUUAGUCAAAGGCACUCUGCCUCAGGAGAGAGUGACUAAACUAUCACCACGUGCCCAAACAGAAGAAGACCUAUCUGCUCUCUUUGAGGCUUCCAUGAAACUUUAUUAGCUUAAGCAUGUUGUUCUGGAAAGUGUGGUCUAUUCUAACAGAGAUAGUUUCUCAUAGAUACAGGACUGAACUUGUUUAGAGCAUGGAAGAAUUUGGGUACCUUUGACUUCUGUUCCAUUGUACACUGCCAAAAGGUCACGUAAUUCAUCUUUAACUAAAUAGUGCUUUGAAGA